CGACGUCGUUAUGGUGCAGAGAGUGUUUGGUAUAAAGUAUAAAAAAAUAUUCUGUGCGUGCGGAUACACGAGGGGUAUGACGUAAAUUUGAAACAACAGCUUAUACUCAUAGUAUAGGACCGGACUGAAUGAAUAUACUACUGACUCGAUGAAAACGAUAUGCAGGCGGCCUCUCGUUCUGGCUUAAGUGAGAGUCGCGCUCUUCGAGUGUUUAUAAAGUCUUGUAAGCGCAAUAAACGAAUCACUCUAAAUAUAGUCGUCAUAGCGAGAACGUCGUCUCAUCUCCUUGCUUAUAGUUUGUUUAAGUUUUGUGGAUUACUUUUGUUAGAAACAAAAAAAAAAACACUGCAACAACGAUACGAAAAAGAAUGGUGCUCGAAAUGGAAAUGUCUAAAACGUAUCAAUACCGUAAAGUUAUGAAACCGAUGUUGGAACGUAAACGUCGUGCUCGUAUCAACAAGUGCCUGGACGAGCUUAAGGAUAUAAUGGUCGAAUGCUUAACGCAAGAAGGCGAACAUAUUACGCGUUUAGAAAAAGCUGAUAUUUUGGAAUUGACCGUUGAGCAUAUGAAAAAGUUACGCGCUCAAAAACAAUUACGUUUAACGGCCAGCAGUCAGGAUACAAAACUGACGAUAGCUGAGAGUUUUCGUGCUGGUUAUAUACAUGCCGCCAAUGAGGUAUCUAAAACUUUGGCUUCGGUACCGGGUGUUAGUGUGGAUCUUGGCACUCAAUUAAUGACUCAUUUAGGGCAUCGUUUGAAUUAUUUGCAAGUGAUUGUACCAACAACUGUACCACCAUUGGGUAUAACAGUUAGUCAGCAGACAACGCCUACGCAACUUGGUGUUAUAGUUAAUCAAACUCAAUUGGCUUCAACUUAUUUUGCUGUCAAUAGUGGCAAUGAUGCUGUCCUUAUUACACCGCCUCCUUCCGAAUGCGGUAGCAGUGAACACGGUGGUUGCAGUCCGGCGCCUAGUGAUUCUGGUUCUAUGUGGCGUCCUUGGUAAAUAAAACGUCAAAGAAGGGUGCACUUAAGGCGCCUAUGUCCUUUAUAUCCAGUUGGCACUGGAGGAUUUUAAAGAGCAAACUUUACCUAAAGCUCUACGCGAAUAUGUGAAGUUUUUGUCAAAGCGACUUCAACGACUCCUUGGUAAAGCCGGUAAAUUAUAUCCCUUUCUAAAGGAAUUUUUACUGACCGCUGCAGUAUUAUAAAUGUUAGAAGACGUACGAGAAGUAAAGUUUAAUGAAAAAGAAAACUUAUUUUAAUAAAAAAACCACGAUAAUUAAAUUGAAUAUAAAUUUUUUUAUUUUGUUGCUUUCUAUUUACUCGUAUAUGAUUU